CGCCGCCGCCGACGCCGAGGCCGCCAGGAAGCCCGCAGCCGCCGGUGCCCGGUAGUGGUGUGGGCUGGUAGUCGCGAGAAGCGGUUGUAGCGAAGGUGUAGUGUGUGUGGCAGGGCGAAUUGUGGUCGUGGUUAGUCGUUGAGGGACGUGUGUGCCAGGAACUGAUGGUGGUAAUGGUUGCACACUGAGUGACGUGCCUGCAUCUGACGUUUGAAGAGAUCGCUCAGCCAAUAUGGCGUCACACCACGUGGCGGCCGCCUUUUUUAUCCGGCUGGCGUUCAUUGCGUAUGGUGAAUACCAGGAUCGCGUCAUGCUCGUGCCGUACACGGACGUGGACUACCACGUGUUCACCGAUGCGGCGCAGUACGUGGCGCUCGGACAGAGUCCGUACCGACGCGCCACCUACCGCUACACGCCGCUGCUUGCUUGGACGCUGCUGCCCACCACCAUCUGUCGGAGCUUCGGCAAACUUCUGUUUUCGGCGCUGGACGUGGUCGUGGGCGUGCUGAUCCAUCGGCUGGUGCUGCUGGAGGGGCACGGCCGGCGCGUGGCCGUGUGCUGCGCCGCCCUCUGGUGGUACAACCCGCUGCCAAUCACCGUCUGCUCACGCGGCAACGCCGAGUCGCUGGUGCUGUGUUUGGUGCUGUACACGCUGUAUCUUGCGCGGCGCCGCCUCCUGCUGCUGGCCGGCGCCGCGCUGGGUCUGGCCGUGCACGUCAAGCUAUACCCGGCCGUGCUGGCGCCGGCGCUCUACUGGUCGCUGGCCGACGGGCCCGGCCUGCGGCGCUGGCUGCUGCCCAACGGCGCUCGCCUCCGGCUGGCCGGUGGCGCGCUGGUGACGUUCAUGGCGCUGACAGCCGGUUGCUGGCUGCUCUAUGGCGACGAGUUCCUGCAGGAGGCAUACUUGUACCACCUGACCCGGCGUGACGUGCGGCACAACUUCUCCGUCUUCUUCUACCUGCUGUACCUGACGGACGAGCUAGGCCACUGGGCGCUGGCGCUGGUCACGUUUGUGCCGCAGGUGUUGCUGGUGCUCGCGCUGGCGGCCAAGUUCCACCGGCCGCGCCACCUGCUCUUCUGCGCCUUCUGCCAGACGUACGCCUUCGUCACGUUCAACAAGGUGUGCACGUCGCAGUACUUUCUGUGGUACCUGAGCCUGCUUCCGCCGGUGCUGCCGCGCCUGUCUGCCUCGUGGACUGAGGGUGCGCUGCUGCUUGCGCUCUGGUAUUUCGCGCAGGCGUGCUGGCUACUGCCGGCCUACCUGCUAGAGUUCGAGGGCCGCAGCGUGCACCGACUCGUCUGGGCCGAGAGCGUCGCCUUCUUCUGCGCCAACGUCGGCAUCCUGGCGCGUCUGGUGCGCAAGUACGACGUCGCAGCGCCGGCGUCGCCGUCCGGUCGGGAGCCGGGGACGAAGGCGCGGCCGGCCGUCGGGCGGGACGGCUCUCCGCGGCGGGAGGGGGCAGCUUCCCUCGAGACGGCGCGGCAGAGGAAGAGGGUCCUGCGCUGA